GACUACGAGGGUUUCCACAAAUUCCUGGAUACGUUUUUGGAGGUGAGGACGCCCGAGGAGCUAUGCAGGCAUCUCUUCUUGUCUUUUGUGAGGAAGGGGGUGAAAGUCGAAGGUAAAGCCUUCAAGGAAAUGACAGUGCUUAGCUCGACAACGGCUUGUGCCCCGAUAACGUCGCAUAACAAAGGAUCCACGCCAAACGUGAACUCCGUGGGUGAAGUGGAGAAAUGCCACGCUAAUGAGAAACCGGCGACCUACGGCGAAAUGCUCGUGGAGAAAAUUCACGGAUUGGGGGAGAAGCUCUUAGGGCAUCACAGGUCCGACAGCGAUUGUUCCACGAGAGGGAAAACAGGGACUGUUCACCCCAUGCUGACGAUAACACACACUUCAUAUUCUUGUCACGAAGUCUUAGGAAAAAAGAGCACCGAUUCCUCGCCGUCCCAUAGCCAAAUAUCCAGGAAUUCCUCGAAAAAAUCAAAUAAUUCCCUCUUGGUGAAUAAUGGAAAACUAGAAGAAGUAAGGCACAUUGUGAGAAAGGCGAGUAUGCUGGAUGUGAACCAAGUGAAGGUGUCGUUAAAGGAUAUCGUCUGUUAUUUAUCUUUAUUGGAGGCCGGCAGACCAGAAGACAAGCUGGAAUUUAUGUUUCGCCUGUAUGACACGAACGGUGAUGGAGUACUGGACACGAAUGAAAUGGAUUGCAUUGUGAACCAAAUGAUGACGGUGGCUGAAUAUUUAGGAUGGGACGUAUCCGAAUUGAAACCGAUAUUAAAAGACAUGAUGAUAGAGAUUGACUACGACGCCGACGGCACUGUAUCUUUGGAAGAAUGGAAGAGAGGCGGACUGACAACAAUACCCUUACUAGUACUUUUAGGACUCGAUGCCAACGUGAAAGAAGACGGUAAUCACUUGUGGAGACUGAAACACUUCAGCAGGCCGGCGUAUUGCAAUCUCUGUCUGAACAUGUUGGUAGGACUGGGCAAAAAAGGAUUGUGUUGCACAUUUUGUAAAUACACAGUUCACGAGAGAUGUGUCGCCAGGGCCCCGGCCAGCUGUAUAGCGACCUAUGUGAAAAGCAAAAAGUCCUGUCAGACGUUACAGCACCACUGGGUGGAAGGGAACUGCCAUGGGAAAUGCGCGAGGUGUAGGAAACCGGUCAAGGCCGGUAUCACGGGCCUCCACUGCCGCUGGUGCCAAAUUACGCUGCACAACAAAUGUGUGUCACAAGUCAAAGCGGAAUGCGGUUUGGGUGAGCACGCCGUCCAUAUCUUACCACCUGUCUCUAUCUGUCCCAUCGUCCUGGACAGGCAGAGGUCUCUCCAGAAACGGGGAUCCAAAUAUGGACAGGACAACGUAAGCACUAUCCCCGCUCCCGAACAGCACUUAACCAUCCGCUUUCUUCAGGGUUCCAUAUCAAGUUCCAACAAGCAACCGGCGAUGUCCUUCCAAAUAACAACGUCUCCCAACUCAAUACCGCUGCUGGUCUUCAUCAAUCCAAAGUCGGGAGGAAGGCAGGGAUCCAGGAUACUCAGGAAGUUCCAGUACAUACUCAACCCUCGACAAGUACAUAUCCUGGGGACGGGGAACGGUCCCAUGCCGGGGUUGAGUAUGUUCAAGGACGUGCCGAACUUCAAGGUGGUUUGUUGCGGAGGAGAUGGUACCGUCGGGUGGGUGCUGGAAACCAUGGACAAAGUAGAACUGGAGUGUCAACCAGCAGUGGCGGUAAUACCGCUGGGCACCGGGAACGACCUAGCAAGGUGUCUACGAUGGGGAGGAGGCUAUGAGGGCGAGUCCAUCCAUAAAAUCCUACAUAAAAUCGCCAGGGCUUCCACGGUCAUGCUGGACAGGUGGCUGAUUGAGCUCACGGACACGGCACCCCCGGAUCCCGAUCAGAAGAUCGCCGACACCCGGAUACCGUACAACAUAAUCAACAAUUAUUUUUCCAUCGGCGUGGACGCCGCCAUUUGUGUGAAAUUCCACUUAGAGCGGGAGAAGAACCCGGAGAAGUUCAACAGCCGCAUGAAAAACAAGUUGUGGUAUUUCGAAUACGCCACAUCGGAACAAUUUUCGGCGUCCUGCAAAAACCUACACGAGCAUAUUGAAAUAACUUGUGAUGACGUGAGCUUGGAUUUAGCCAACGGGCUUCCCCUGCAAGGCAUCGCCCUCCUCAAUAUUCCCUACACGCACGGCGGUUCCAAUCUAUGGGGCGAACACCUAUCGGGAUCUAGAAGACGGACCAAGAAGAAAAAAAGACAGAAGGACCUGAGCACCAAUAGCUUUAAUUCCGUAGAUCUUAGUGUAGCAUUGCAAGAUAUUGGUGAUGGACUCAUAGAAGUGAUAGGGUUAGAAAACUGUCUCCAUAUGGGACAGGUAAGAACUGGCUUGAGGGCCAGCGGUAGGAGAUUAGCGCAGUGUUCGUCCGUCGUAAUCAAAACCAAGAAGACCUUCCCCAUGCAGAUCGACGGGGAACCUUGGAUGCAACCACCAACAACAAUACGUAUCACUCACAAAAACCAAGUGCCAAUGCUAAUGGCACCCCCUCCCGAGAAAGGAAAAGGCUUCUUCAGAUUCUUUCGUAGGUAGAAAUCUACAAGUUAGUUACCUCAAAGUGAUAUUAAAUUAAAUUAUUCCUCUACUC